CCAGGGCAGGGUCCAGUCCGAAGCUCGGACCCUUGGCGCCGUCCCUUCCAGCUACGGCCUCUUCUCCUCCUCCCGGGCGGAGGGCGGAGUGGCGGUGGCCGGAGCCGCGGGACAGCGGCCGGCCUGGGGAGGGUGGACCGGAGCACCGCGCCCGAGCCAUGGAGCGCCGGCACCGAAGGGGUGUCCUCUGCAGGUCACCCAGAGGACACCGGGAGGGGAAUUCCUGCGGUGGGAGUGAGGGGAGGUGGGAGAGGUGGAGGCAGGGGAGGCCGGGCGUUGGGUAGGAAGCCUUGCCGGUCCUGCAGCCUGACCUUCAAGGGCCACAGCGGGUGCCGGAGAGACUGGGAGGCCAGGCACAGGGCCCGGCCCUCCGCAAGCCCCCCUGCCCAUUCUCUGCGCCGGGCACGCCAGACCCCAGCCCCGGGCCUAGCUGCUCCUCGCUCCACGACCGCUGGACGCCCCGUCGGGUGCGGGCCGGAGAGAUGUCGGGAGCUAUCUUCACGCCCCUGGAGGGCCCGGGCGCCCUGGACGCCGCGAGCGGCCACCCGCUCGUGUGCCCGCUGUGCCACGCACAGUACGAGCGCCCGUGCCUGCUGGACUGCUUCCACGACUUCUGCGCCGGCUGCCUGCGCGGCCGCGCCGCCGACGGCCGCCUCGCCUGCCCGCUAUGCCAACACCAGACGGUGGUGAAGGGCCCCAGUGGUCUCCCUCCAGUGGAUCGGCUGUUGCAGUUCCUGGUGGACAGCUCAGGGGAUGGCAUGGAGGUGGUGUGCUGUGCCAACUGCGACCUGGAGUGCAGCAAGCAGGACGCGGAGACCACGUACUUCUGCAACACAUGCGGGCAGCCGCUGUGCGCGCGCUGCCGCGACGAGACGCACCGGGCACGCAUGUUUGCGUGCCACGACAUCGUAGCACUGGGCCAGCGCAGCCGCGACGUGCUUCCGAAGUGCACGCUGCACGCCGAGCCCUACAUCAUGUUCUCCACGGACAAGAAGUCGCUGCUGUGCAUCUGCUGCUUCCGGGACAUGCAGGGGGAGAGCCGGGCGCACUGCGUGGACCUCGAGUCGGCGUACGUGCAGGGCUGCGAGCGGCUGGAGCAGGCGGUGCUGGCCGUGAAGGCCCUGCAGACGGCCACGCGGGAGGCCAUCGCGCUGCUGCAGGCCAUGGUGGAGGAGGUGCGCCGCAGCGCCGCCGAGGAGGAGGCUGCCAUCCACGCCCUCUUCGGCAGCAUGCAGGACAAACUGGCAGAGAGGAAAGCGCUGCUGCUGCAGGCUGUGCAGAGCCAGUAUGAAGAGAAGGACAAGGCCUUCAAGGAGCAGCUCGCCCACUUGGCCACUCUGCUGCCCACCCUGCAGGUUCACCUGGUCAUCUGCUCUUCCUUUCUCAGCUUGGCCAACAAGGCCGAGUUCCUGGACCUCGGCUACGAGCUGAUGGAGAGGCUGCAGGGCGUCGUCACCCGGCCGCACCGCCUCCGGCCUGCGCAGAGCAGCAAGAUCGCCAGCGACCACCGCGCUGAGUUCGCGCGCUGCCUGGAGCCGCUGCUGCUGCUGGCACCGCACGGGGCGGCAGGUGCUGGGGGUGGCCCCCACACGCUAGCAGGGGGCUCAGGCCCCAAGGUGCUGAUGGGGCCCAGCUGCCCUUCCCCGGUGGGAAAGAUGUUGAAGUCACCAGUCCAAAAGCCCACGCUGCACCGGUCCAUUAGCACCAAGGUGCUGCUGGCCGAGGGCGAGGAUACACCCUUCACGGAACACUGUCGCCACUAUGAGGACUCUUACCAGCCUGGAAGCCAUCCCUCUGAGUCCCUGGCAGUGGACACAGCCUGCAGGAACCACAGGUGCUCACACGGGCUCUCUGCACAGCGCCUGCAGACGGAGAUGCAGAACCUGAAGGACCAGGUGCAGGAGUUGCACCGGGACCUCACCAAGCACCACUCGCUCAUCAAGGCCGAGAUCAUGGGAGACAUCCUGCACAAGUCCCUGCAGGUGGAUGCGCAGAUCGCCUCGGAGUACACUUCCGUGGAGGGCAUGAGAGCGGUCUUCCAGGAGAUUUGGGAGGAAUCCUCCCAGCGGGUGGCGAACGAGCAGGAGAUUUAUGAAGCCCAGCUCCAUGACCUUCUCCAGCUGAAGCAGGAGAAUGCCUACCUGACCACCGUCACCAAGCAGAUCACGCCCUAUGUUCGUUCCAUCGCCAAGGUGAAGGAGCGGCUGGAGCCCAGGUUUCUGGCACCCGCGGAUGACCAGUCAGAGCAUCCACAAAACAUGUAUGACGACAGCGUGAGCGGCGAUACCCAGGCCAGGUAAACACGUCCCUCCAAGCCCAGAGAGCAAACGAUUUAAUCUGAGAGAGAGCUACAGACGACAGGACGAAGACAGACCCCAGCUUGUCCCUGACCAGCUCUGCAGCCUCAGCUGGGCCUCAGUUUAUAAAAUAUGGUUCUUAAUCUGGACGGUGACUUCAAACAAGUGACUUCCUAGAUGACAGAUGUGACUUUGACGGAUAUGACCCGUGUUCUAUGACUCUGGACGCCGUGGCUGCUGCCCGCACCGCUCACAUCCCCAAGAGCCACAGGUACUUCCGCCAAGUGAGCAAAUACACUUCUGUGACAACAAGUGACUGAGGACUGUUUCUUGGUGAGAGCAUCACCGGUCACUGGAACCACAGUGGCUGCCAAAACACUUGGCAGAGGAAGGAAAGAAUGUGCAGGAGCAGACACGUCACUGUCACAGGCUGACCCUGCAGUAUUUUGCUCCCAGUAAAACGUGUUAGUCACGGGGCGGAGAAGGGAGCUGUAGGAAGCUGGAGCUGGAAGAGCCCAGAGGGCGUGGAGAGGCGUGCUGUGGUCCAGAGCCACAGCAAGGCUGGUGACGGAGCACAAACUAGUCCCACCCUCCCUGGCACCACGCUUAGCUCAGCUUGAUGCUUCAGGGGAGUGUCACUUCAAAGCUUGUUGUCAAAAGCUGCUGAAACAGUCUGAACUGCUGAUGUUUUGGCAACUAAAAAUCAUCAGAAACAAGAUUAAGAAUCCUUCAGGAGACAUACAGUUCUGGGUCUGAAGAUGUGGUCACCACUGGUGCCUUCCAGAAAGGCUUUCCACUCUGAAAGCCUUGGCCCAAGUGGAUUUUAGUGCUGGGGUGCAGUGAAAUGGGGGGCGGAGUACAAGAGCUCAUGUCCAAGUGUUCCCUUAGGAAUGAUCCGGUAAGUGUCACGGAAAAGAGGGAGAAGACCUCAGAGCCUAGAGCAAACAGCCGGACUCCGAACAGCCUCACAGAAGAGCCUCCACUGAAAAAUAAAGAUCCUCACAGACCCAAACUGAGAAGCGGGGGUG